CUUGCCGCAUGGCACAGGUCUGUGAACGCAGUAUAGUAGACAAUUUGGGGACCAGAGCUGAAAACAAAACAAGCCAGUUUUCAAACGAAACACGUUUGUCCACAGUGCGCGGCGUAAGUCAGAAUUGUCAUUGGGAUUACUUUCGAUGGAGGCGUUCGCAGAAGGCUAACUUGGAAAGACUUUGUUGAAGUUAUGUGUCUUUGAGGGUGCUGUAUUUUCCCCUGACAAACCACCAGACGGUUAGCAGAACCACGGCGAGCCUGUGGCACUACGAGGCGAGAGUAGAGAGUAGUGCCAUACAUACACAUACAUGUACAUGUACGUGAACUCUUAGAUGGUUAUCUACGCGUCUGGUGUAUUUCUGUUCCCAAUCUGGAAACAAGAAUGCACUAGUUUAGUUAAUAAACAACGGCCAAUUACUGACGAGAACGAAACUAUUGCAGACCAAUCAGAGAGGGCUAGAUCUGCGCUGUUUCCAGUAAGGCAUCAGGCUCGGUCACUAGCUUUUAAGCCAGUGACGUACACCAUCUGGUGUAAAAGUUGACCCUUGACUGCCUUCGUCUUGUCUUGCAACUCGACGCGAUCUGCUCAUACUUACCCACUAUAGGCACCGCUCGCUCCCCGUGUGUACGUACGUGUGUAUGCAGGGUUUCCUGGUGUGUGUGUGUGACCGAUGAAUACCGACUCGCAAGCCGAGACGAUAGAGUUGGAAUUGGAGCCGGCCAUGAACACGCUGGAGUCAGAUAUCACCAUCAGCAACGACACAAGUGGUGCUGAAUCCACAGGCAUGAUUCAGGACUUGUUGAACAAGAGACCCAACAUCGAUGUCAAUCCCUGCACCGACACCACCGCCGCUACCAUGACGAUCGCGGACGUCGGCGACAAGAGGGCGGUCAAUGCCUUGUCCUUCUCCUCGCAGCAGAUCAUCUGCGUGUGCGAGGCGCUACUCCAAGAGGGCAACAUGGAGCGACUAGCCGGAUUUCUCUGGACCCUGCCGUCGGACGAGUCCCUCCAGACCAACGAGACGGUCCUGCGAGCCCGGGCUGCUGUCUGCUACUACCGGGGCAAUUACAAAGAGAUGUACUCCAUUCUUCAGUCGUACAACUUCAGCAGCUCUUUCCACACGGAGCUGCAGGACCUGUGGUACAGAGGCCACUACGGAGAGGCCGAGAAGUCCCGGGGACGCGGCCUGGGCGCCGUGGACAAGUACCGCAUUCGACGGAAGCACCCGCUCCCUCGAACCAUUUGGGACGGUGAGGAGACCAUCUACUGCUUCAAGGAGAAGUCUCGCAAGAUGCUGAAGGAGUGCUACCAGGUGAACAAGUACCCGACCCCGGAGGAGAAGAGAAAUCUGGCCAAGGUGACGGGACUAACCCUGACGCAGGUCAGCAACUGGUUCAAGAACAGACGGCAGAGGGACAGGGCACCUGCUGGUUUGUCGAAGGGGGAAGAAGAAGUUAACAACAACAUGCCAGUGGGAGUGGACGAAGGUAAGAACUCUAAAUUCACCUUCCAAACCCGGGUCUACAUGAACGAGGGGAACUACAACAAUAACAAUAGCGCCACCACGAGUCCAUCCCGCGUGACAGCCAAAACAGUCACCCCUCCCGUCAUGAUGCUGACAACCCCAGUGAGUCCCGCGGCCGCUUGCGAAGGAAUCAAGGCGGAACCUGCGCCCCCAGCGACCAACGGCCCGACCAAUAGCUCUACCUCCUCGCACCACGACCUGACGCCGAUGACGGACUUCCCCGCGCUGGGCUUCAAGUUUCUGCACGACCUAGCCGUGAUGCAGCAAGUCGUCCCGGUGGCUCUGAGCUCUGGACAAUCGGAGGCGGGGACCUCGGCAGGUAAUCCCUUGGGCACGAUGCUCGUCAACCCGUCAACUCUUCUCGGUGCUGCCGGUGGAAGGGGCCAGUCAGCCUACCAGGUGCCGGCCCUGAGCAUGGCACCCACCCUUCCUUUCACCCUCUCGCCCGCUGCUGCUGCCCAACUUCUCGAAUCGGUCGCGACCGGCUACAGCAACGCCAGCAGCGCAACCCCAUGCACAUACAACAGCAGUAGGUCACCAGCAGAGGGGUCCAGCGCCAGUACGGCGACUAUUGACAGCGUUAGUGCUGAUAUCGAAGUCGAUGAGAACGCCACUCGGCAGCAGGUGCAACCGCAAAGAGUAGUCGAGUCACCCAUGACUAUCAUUACAACAGCGUCGGGCUAGUUUGCAGUGCUCAGAGCGACCUCCCCUUUGGUCCUUGGACGAAAAAUGAACUUCCGCAGUUGCGUAAAGAAAAAAGUCAUACAGACGUAAAUGCGGUUUCAGGCUUUGCAUGGCUUUACUGUUCAGGCCACAGGGAUCUGUCAGUACACUAUGUUAAGCGACUAACUCCUUCACGAGACCACUGGAGCUUCUCAGAACCAUUCUUUUCUUUUAGGAAUUCGCCACUUUGUACAUGUAUUACACUUGCCAAAACCUCUCUCAUUAAGUCAUAACAAUAAUACUGUGGACUGAAAAUCACAGCAAACAUACAUAAGACUCUACUAUGAAUUUAAUCAAGCUCCUGGUGAGUCUUGGGAAAGUGUGACCUGCAGAUGUUGCAAACAUUCCGCCAGUUCGUACGCAAACCAUGUCCAAGCCUCCAGUUUAAUAAGGAACAUAAAAAUUGACUCUGCGACUGCGCCGAGCGUGUCUUGGAAAACCUACCGUACAUGCAUGAAUAGGGUUUGUGCAAGUUAGGGAUUCUAUGUUGCUCACUAGCUAACUCGGAAAUUCGACCAAGUAUGGAAUUGGCACCGUCAGCAUUACCGUAAUUUCACAUUUUGAAGGCUUGAAGAAAAGAGAGGGCACUGGGGCGUUCACCCUCCUUGGAAAAGAGAAAUUUUUCCCGCCCUUCACUUUUGGAUCCAGUCAUUUCAUGUAUAAUGACGCGCGUAUACACCUGUACAUGUACAUGUACAUGUACAUGUACGCCUACGUGUGCACACGUACCGUGCAUAACAACGUCUGUAAUUUUGAUGUCCACCCCUCUGACCUCGCCUCAGUUGCUUUUCCAGAACUUUUUUCUGAUAAGGAAAAAUGGGAUAAUAAUGCCAAGAAAAAGGUUUUUAAAGACAAUUUCCCCCCUAAUUGCCUGCCUGAACUUCAGUACAUGCCUCCUUUUCACGCAUACAGCAACACAAAGAACUCUUUUUAGAAGGUAACAACUGGUAUUUCGAAAACAUAGGGCCUACCUUCGGGUGUCUAGAAUUGAUGAAUUGUCGUUAAUAUCCGACGAUGUCGUUUUGCAGUGUUCUGUUCCGUUCCCUUACUUUUGGUGACUUUUUAUAUUGUACAUAGUGUACUUUUGCCCUUGUAAUUUAUGUUAAUAGCAUAUGUAGAAAUUAGACAGGAAAGCUACGCAGAAGCAUUUUUUCGCAUAAACAUUUGACUAUAUUGCAUCUUCGUAUUUAUUUCAUUUCAUUGCAUCAUUAUGUAGAUUUUAUUCUGUAGAUUUUAUUUUGGUCUGUAGCGCUCCGUGAUCUUCGUAUCUAGUCUACCAAAGCAAUAAUGCUUGUAAUAAUUUCUGUUGUCACAGGUAAUAUUCUUCUUUCCCGUGUACAUGUACAUGUAUGUAAAUUCUGCUGAGUUUGGUCUAUCUGGUCGGACCAUUUGCAAUUUUGACAUCAUCUGUGAAUAACGACUGAGCUUAAAUAACAUUGUCGAGAAGUAUAACAUUGGUGUAUUGAUCAUA